UCAUUAACCUUUUUCAAUAAAAAAUUUAAAUAUUUAUACUUUUUCUGUAUCAUUCUCUCUCUCGCUCUCUCGUUUCUAUGAUCUAGGGUUUGGGUUUUGGGCUUACAGAUCAAAAUCUUCAUCAAUGUCGCUUAAAACACCCGCAGAAUACGGCGCAUUCCCCACUUCGAUCGCCACACCACCCGACUCAAGCCCGACGUUCAUCUCACGCGCCGCCAGCACGUCCCGAGCCGUCUACGCCACGCGCCGCCCAUGGCGAGAGCUCGUCGAUCUGUCAUCCUUCUCUCGCCCCUACAGCUACGCAGACGCCAUGGUUCGCAUCAAGCGAAACGCCAACUACUUCCGAGUAAACUACACCAUGAUCGUGCUGUUGAUCCUCUUCUUAAGCCUCGUGUACCACCCCAUUUCAAUGAUUGUGUUCUUGAUAGUCUUUGUGGGUUGGUUCUUUCUGUACUUCUUCCGCGAUGACCCAAUUGUUCUGUUCGGCCAUACGCUGGAUGAUCGCGUAGUGAUGUGUGUGCUUUGCUUGGUCACCAUUCUCGCAUUGGUGUUUACCCAUGUGGGAUUGAAUGUUUUGGUGUCUUUGAUUAUUGGGGUUUCGGUUGUGGGGUUGCACGCGGCUUUUAGAAAUUCAGAGGACUUGUUCAUGGAUGAGCAGGAGGCGGUCCAAGGAGGGUUGGUUUCGGGCGUGGGGAGUUCUCCUUCGCGGCAAACUUACUCUCCUAUUUGAUGAUCUUCGAUGCUGAAUCAUCAAGAAAAAUUAUGAUUCUCUGUGGUGAACUUUGUCGCCAUUUUUGGUGUUAUGGACACUUGUUGAGUCGAGGAUAGUUGAUUUUUGUGAUGUGGUUGGUUUGAGCCUGGGGAGGUAAAAUCCUCUGCUUUUUGUUGGCUUUCUCACCGUGAAUUAUUGUUGGAAUUUUGGUUGCAGUUCUUGCUACUAUUGACUCUAUAUCGAAGUGACGACAGUGGUGUUUGGACUUCUUCCCGCUGUGCUGGAUUUGGUUUUAACUUGAGGAGGUUAAUCUUCUGCUUUUAUUCAUCUGGGUGUUUCUUUGCUUUAAUUCCAAGUGGGGAUGGUGGGUAUUGCUUUUCAGUAUUUGCAGCAGAAGGUAAAUUCUUUGCCGUCUUUCUUUCAUUGAAGCUCUGAGCGAAUUGUGCAGAACUUGGUGUUAUACAGAGGUUUAAUUGUGCCUGAUACUGAAUUGCUUAGCAUCAUGAUACUCGUCGUGACAAUUUUUUGGUGAUUUUCAGUGUUAUGAGUUCUAAGUUGAAUGAGGAUGGUGGUUAUUUUGGUUAAUGCAAUGCGGUAAAUUUGAACUUGGGAGUGAAAAUUCUCUGCUUCUGGCUGGUUUUGUUGAUGCUGGAUUCUAUUUUCUGAUUCUGGUCACAGUUCUAUGUGUUAUAGACUGCAAAUCAAAGUAAAGAAAGCAAUUUUUUUCCAUUAUUAUGGUGGAGUUAGUUUUAGCUUGAACAGGUAAUUCUUCUUGUCUGGAUGCAUCUUGGUCCUUUUGGACUUCAAUUUGAAGUGAGGAUUUAGUAGAAUUCUUUGCUUUUUCCCUGUCAUUCAAGUUUUGGGUGAACUGUGUGCAACUUGAAGAAAAUUGAUUCAUGAUGGUUGGAUGAAGCUGAGUCGGAUUUGAAUGUUGUCUUUUCUUUUCCUCGUCAACUUGGCUUUUCAUGUAGCUUGAUUAUGGCUGGGGAUGAAUUUGAGAUUUGUAGAUAACACCACCACUGAGUCAUCAAAGCUAGGUUGGGCUUAUGCUAUUUUGGCAAUAUACAUAGGGAAGUGAAUUAUCUGUUUGAAGAAAUUUCAUGCCAGCCAAUGUCUAUGCUUUGGUAAUUUAAGUGUGAUUCUCUGACUUAAUUUUGUUUCUGCCACAUGUGGAAUUGUGAGAGGUACCGACAACAUUUUUGUUUAGUGCAUGGCCCCCUUUCUUGGUGAAUCAACCAGCUGCAAGUUUAUUCGCGCCAACAACUUGAAUCAAUCAUUUGGUGAAUUUAGUCAUAUGUAAUUAAUCUAAAAAAUGUUUGGUCAGACUUUGGUAGGGUUUGUUCCGGGUAUUUGGGUAGCUUUGCUAAUUGCUUGGUUCAUAUUUUUUUUUUUUUUGUUGACUUCAAAACAAAUGUGAAAUCAUGUGUCAUUUUGGUUAUUUUUAUCAUGGUUUGUGUUUAGAUUUUGACAAUAAUGAAACUAUGAAAGUAGGGCAGUUGUUGAAA